AUGACUCGAGUCACAACGGAUGCAGAUGGAAACACUUAUCCUGAAGGCGGUUUGGAGGCCUGGCUAGUUGUCUUUGGUAGUUUCAUGGGUCUCUUUGGCUCCCUUGGCUUGGUGAACACCAUUGGAACUUUCCAGGCCUACAUUGAGGAUCACCAGCUGAAAGAAUACAGCUCUGGAACCACGGGCUGGAUUUUUGGCAUGUACGCCUUUUUGACCUUCUUCUGCGGUGUACAGAUAGGUCCAGUCUUCGAUGCCAAGGGUCCUCGAUUCUUGGUCUUUUCGGGUGCCGUACUGGUCAUCAUCAUGAUGGUAGCUCUGGGUUUCUGCACCCAGUAUUGGCAUUUCAUGCUGGUCAUCGGUGUCGCUGGAGGUAUUGGAGCCUCGCUCAUCUUCACCCCCGCAAUAGCCGCGAUCGGCCAUUUCUUCAACGAGAAACGUGGCGUUGCAACUGGCAUUGCUGCCACAGGUGGCUCCGUAGGAGGUGUUGUCUUCCCUCUUACCUUGGAGGCCCUGUUCCCCAAAAUAGGUUUUGCAUGGGCAACCCGGGUGGUUGCGCUUCUUUGCCUUAUCUCAGUGGCCAUUGCGUGUUUGUUGAUCAAGUCUCGAUUGCCCAAAAAGCCCGCUGUAAAGGAAAAUAUGCUGCCCGAUUUUCGUAUUUUCCGGGAACCAAAAUUUGCUCUUACCACCGCUGGCGUCUUCUUCAUCGAAUGGGGCCUCUUCAUUCCGAUCAGUUACAUCUCUUCCUAUGCCUUGGCUCAUGGCGUUUCCUCCAAAUUUUCGUACCAGAUAUUGGCGAUCCUCAAUGCGGGUUCAUUCUUCGGUAGAGGGAUCCCUGGGUUUGUGGCUGAUUAUUUGGGACGGUUCAAUACGCUCAUCGCCACGGUUGCGUUAUGCCUCGUCUGCAACGCGUGUCUCUGGCUUCCGGCCGGCAACAGUGUACCUGUCAUGGUGGUGUACUGCGUUAUUUUUGGUUUUGCAAGCGGCAGCAACAUCAGUCUGACCCCUGUUUGCAUUUCUCAGCUGUGUAAGAUCGAGAAUUACGGCAGGUACUAUGCUACCGCGUACACGAUUGUGAGUUUCGGCACGCUUACGGGCAUUCCAAUCGCAGGAGAGAUCCUGUCCCGGUGCAGUGGCCAGUAUUGGGGCUUGAUUACCUUCACGACUUGCUGCUACGCUCUUGGCCUCAUCUGCGUCACGUUGGUCAAGGUAAUUCACGUUGGCUGGCGUCACCCACUAGCGAUAUACUGA